AUGAAAUUCGCUAAAGUUCUCCAAGCCGAGUCCGUCCCCGAGUGGCGAAAACAGCAAUAUCUAAAAAAGCUACUAAGACAGGUAGAGAAAACACGCACAAUCUAUGACGCUGAACAAGAAGCAAACCGUAAACGUCAUAAAACUCAAGAAAAUGUAGGAACUUUGUCAGUACAGUCUGACGAAAAACCAUUUCGUACCUGGAGUAUGAGUAGUAUUCCGGGAGUGAAACCUCUCGUAGAUAGGUUCAUGGCUUUAAGUAAUAGAGCUAAUUUCGACUCCGUUUAUUAUCGAAAUGACGUUAGGAAAAACGUGACUCUUGCUAAUUUCAUGGAUCACGUGAACGAUGAUGAACGCGUAUUUUUUGAAAAGAUAGACAAGGAACUAGAAAUGAUCAAAGAUUUUUAUAAAGAAAUGGAAGAAGAGGCUUUGAAAAAUUUCAAAAUUCUAAAAUUUCAAUACAAAGAAAUGCGUGAAUACAGAAAAAAGCAAAGGAGAUUGCAAAGGAAUGGCCGCCGGUCUGAUCGUUGGUCUAAUUCCGUUUCUUUAGUUAAACAAAGUAUUAAUAGAUUAUCUAUGCCCGUGGGAACAAUAAAUAAAGUUUCAUUUGACACAAAUUCGCCGACCGAAGAUCUACCACCCAUGGACUUUGAUUAUAAAGAUGCGCGUAAAAAAAUAAAAAAGGCAGUGUUUGAAUUUUAUCGAGGAACCGAAUUUUUGAAAAAUUAUAAGGUUUUGAAUCGAAGUGGAUUCGCUAAGAUUCUCAAAAAAUUUGAUAAGCUAGCGGGAUGGAAAGGAGGUUCCCUAUAUAUGCAAAAAAUAGACGAAAGUUAUUUUGUAACAUCCAAAGUAUUGGAUAAAAUUAUCAAAGAAACUGAGAAUUUUUACGUGGAUAAAUUUGAAGGUGGAAUGCGAAAACAAGCUUUGAGUAAACUUCGCCUUCCUAAUAAAACGAAUCAAACAUAUCAUUUCUCAGUAUGGCGCGCUGGUGUUUACUUGGGCAUAAGUUUUUGUCUCCUUUUUCGGGUGGCUGAUUAUGGCUUGUGGGAUGUAAUUAUGGACUGGUCCCUGUUCAAUUUGGAGAGUGAUAAUAUCUUACUUCGAAAUGAAUUGGGCUAUAGUCGAAAAUCGGUGUACUACUUUGCGAUUGUGUCAAAUUUCGUUUUGAGAUUUAGUUGGGUGAUACUCGCUGUGAAUAAAAAUUAUAGUAAAGGUCUGCUCGUUUUUGCGGUUGCAUUUGUUGAGAUGCUUCGACGUUGGCAAUGGAUCUUUUUCCGUGUAGAAAAUGAACAUAUUAACAAUUGCAUUCGUGGUCGAGCAAUCAAAGAAGUCACCCUUCCAUUUGUUUUUAAACCCGAAGAACUUAGUACUAUUACAGUAUCAACUACGGGACAUGAUAAGCUUGCUUCUGGUGAUGAAAAAAUAGCUGCCCAAAAAAGAGCCAAAAAUGAAGCAGCGCGAAAACUUCGAGAUCGCAAAAGCUCAUCAAAAAUAUUAGAAAGUAACAUUAUUUCAAUGAAUAAUAUUGAUGAGAGUUCUGACGAUCACCAAAGCGGUCAACCUUUGGAGUUAGACGUUAUGAAUCAAUAUAAUAGUAGAAGAAUGCUAAACUCUUUAGAAAAUUCCACUAAUAAUAACAGCGCAAGGCGACAAAAAUUUAGCGACGAUGAAUCUCUAGAUGAAGAAGCAGGACGACACAGGAAAAGAAAUCCAAGAAUUUCUUUUGCAAACGUCAAGUAA